CACCCUAUAAGCCCCAGACGCUCUUGUAGUAUCGAUAUAAACAACACGUUACCAGGUUGUAUAGAGCUAUUGUGCACGAAUAUUUGAAUAUAUGGCGAGUAACGCGAAAGACGUUAAUGUUAGGGGAAAUUUGAUAAGAAGAUAAGCGAUUAAACAUCGCCACUCUGACUCCACUAUACAUUACUCGCGGCAUAUCAGGACUGAUAAGAACAACGAGACGGGUGGAAUAGCAGGCAUCACUAACACUUCAACUCGUCGCCAAAAACCUCACUUUUCACCUCGACUCGAUAACUCUGACCCUAUGGAGUCGCCGUUGCGAGUAUGCCCGUGAUCUCGGGGUGUUGCCUCAUCACGCCGACCUUAUGGGAGUAUUUGCAUAGCACUGCUCGCUCUGAUAGUCGUCAAGACUGGGAGGAAGCAAUACACACGUACCCGUGACAUGGAUCGCGAUGUAACCGCGUUAGUGAUCAAGACUUGGGCAAUAUUCUUCGCUGCCUUACCAGUAAGCAUCUUGCUCUCAGCCCGUGAUGCAGCUGGAGAAGAUAUCAAGUGUCAAAUCCACAGCUCAGUUGCAGGCAAGCCCGCGGCUACCCCUGGACAAAACGUUGUGCUAAACUGCACAGUUGCCGCAGGGCGCCGGGCAAGUCGCAUGGAUUGGUUAAAGCACGGCCAAGGCGUAACAGAAGGUGUCACGUACUGUCUGGACGCCCGGGGAGCUGGGCUAACGUGCGCUGUUUUGCAGAUAGUUAAUGCCAGCGCAAAGGAUGCCGGGGUUUACGUGUGCGAGGCACGUGGUAAGGCAGGGUGGGAUCGGAGCCAAAUUCUGCUUCAUGUAUUUGGUCCACCUCGAAUCAAUAUUCCCCUAACACAACCUGGACCAUUAAGAUGGCCGCUCGGCUCCCGACAGUACCUUGCAUGCGAGGUGACGGGAUAUCCCGCGCCUAAUAUCACGUGGCUGUACAAUAACAUGACCGUGCGCCCGGGGCGACACGACAUGUGGCACGGCGCGUACUAUCUGAAUGCGCUUGAUCACAGGCGACUCACGCUCAAUUUAUUCGCGGUCACGCGCGACAACCAAGGGAUUUACAUGUGCAGAGCAUCUAACGGCUGGGGCAAGGAGGAGCUGGUUCUUAAUGUCACCGUCAUAGAACUUCCCAAACUUGCCGUGAAUAGUGACUCGCAGUUCUACGUGUCUCACCGAGGCGAAAACUCUACUCUUACCUGCACGGUGACGGGAAUAAGGAAUGGGGAGACCAUAACAGCACAUUGGCGCCACGGUUCCUCGGCAAGCCGUGGCCGCACCCGUACGCAGACCCUAUCUGGCGGCAGAGCGAGACUCGUACUGUUCCUCGAGGAUGUGACGGCCUCUGAUGGUGGAUCCUAUAGCUGCGGGAUCAGCAGUAAGGAGGGCACUCAUGCGACCACCUUUCUCGUGGUAGUAGGACAUGGGUUGCCCGGGAUACAGGCCACCCGUCCACGCAUCAAGACUACAGCCGGAUCAAGAUGCGUUUUGAAUUGUAUCGUAACACUCCCCCCUCGCACCUCUGUAAUAUUGUCUUGGAAUCGAAACGGCUCGCUGAUGGAAUGGACAUCUAGGGGGAGGCAAUACCUCCGAGACUUAUCAAGAGCUGAGAAACGUACGGAGCCUCUAGUACCGCUGAAGAGCGUCAGUAAACUGGGAAAUGCCAUAUCACUAGGAUCGCUGGGUGACUCGUCGGAUUCCCGAUUAGAGUUUAACCUUGAAAUCGUGAAUGUUACUGAAGAGGACAAAGGCUGGUACGCGUGUGAGUUGAACACAACCCUCGGAUCAAACUCUUCGAUGAUAUACCUCACCGUAGCCAAUGUGUCAGCGGUUGGUCUGCUGCCUAAGGACUCGUCUAAUUUCUCCUUUGCUGGGGUUCUUGGCGUGAUUGCACUCUGCUCGAUAUCCAGUUGCAUAGCGGCUUUUGCAGUACGUUACCUGAUCAGGAGAAAGCGGUUCAUUCACCUGAAAGGCAGUAUUUCCAGCAAACACCUCAAUAACAAGUUCAAAUACGAUGUGUUUUUGACGUUCAGUAGCAAGGACGUGGAUUGGGUUAUACGUCAUCUGACGCCUCUUUUAGACAAGCUCUGUCUCGAAUACUGCAUCCACACCCGAGAUUUUGAGAUCGGAAAAGCAAUUUCGGAGAACAUCGCGGACAGCGUGUACCAUAGCCGCAAGGUGAUUUCGAUAAUGUCAUACCACUACAUGGCAAGCAAGUACUGCCGCGCGGAGCUUGAUGUUGCACUGUACCGCAGCACUGAGUACGACGACUCGUCGCUCAUUGUUAUCAGGGUGGACGAUAUCCCGAAAGCAAAGCUACCACGUGCACUUAGGAACAGGACGUUUAUAGACUAUAAUGACCCGGAAGAGAGGAGACAUUGGGAGAAAAGACUUGUCAAGUAUUUGCGUGCUGGGACAAGGUGCUCAUACUUUAUGGAAACAGCAUUUUAAUGUUUAUAUGUUUUUAAUGACAAAAAAAAAAAAGAGGCGAAACAAUAUAGGAACUAAAAUUGAACAAAUAUGUUCUUAUUGUAUAAGAUAUAUAUAUAUAUCAACUUUAUACAAGCCUUGUUAUAUAUCAACUUUAAACAAGCGUAACGAGCUAGUGUCUUCGUGCCGCCACAGGAACAAAGUCUUGUUAUGCAACAGCUGAACUAUUCAAUUUCAUCAUAACAGCCAUUCAAAUUU